AUGCCAGGUGGUCUGCAGUGUCUGAAGGUCCCCAGUGAUUGGAUGCUGGAAGAUGUAGAGAAUUCUGAACAUUCAUACAAUGUUGAAAGCUUCUCCAUAGAGGAGGCAGUGAAGAGCAGUUCUAGUGGAUCUCUGGUGUCUGUAAGUGGCAUGGUGUCCUCUCGUUCCAUGUGUGACAUGCAGAACACGCACACACAGCAACGCCGAAUACGUCCUCUAGACAACUUCCUGCCACCUGGUGUCUCCAUUAAGGUGAUCCUGACUCAGCCUACCAGCCAAUCAACAGUAUCCGUCUAUUUAGAUCUGACGCUGGGCUCGUACCCUCUUGGGCUGCUCCCGGGGGCCACCGUGCUGAUGCAAGGGCUGGAGAGGAAAGUGUCCAGGUCAGGCAGAGCUUAUCUUCGCAGUGUGUCCACCACCUACAUCAAGGUUCUGAGCCCUCCGACAGAGAUCAGUGACAGUUAUCCAGCUCCACCUCUGGUGCUAUUCAGGCAACUUUCCGGUUUUCCAUCACCCCAGCGUGCCGUGUGUUCAGUGACUUGUGUCCUCAGUGUCACCUUGUCCUGGGACUGCUCCUUGUGUUACAGCACUUUCACCCAGGGAUCAUGCGAGCGAUCGCCCUUCUGCACCUCUCAGUCUGGAGUCUUCCGAGCAAAUGCUUGUGUGAAGGCAGAGGACGGCUCCGGGGGAGGUCCAGCUGUACCUCCAGGAUGAUGCGGUCUGUCUGCUCCUGGCCAUCCCCAGCAACCUCUGGGAGGCGCUGAAGAGCCAAGUUGUGACUAGAGGGAAAGUAACGGUGAAGAAUCGGGGCAGAAGUGAACUGCCGAGUGAAGAGCACAGUGAAGACUCUCUGGUGGAUCAUGUGAGCCGCCUCAUGUCCCGCUCAGCUGUGUCUCGUCCCCUAGUCGUGACAUUCAAACAGACGAGAAUUGGUGGAGCCCAGACCUCAGCAGCGGCUCAGCUUACCCGAUUCACCCGAGGAGACAGAGAUUACUCGACUCGUGUGCCGUCACCUCCCACUCUGACCUGUCUGCAGCUGCAGGAAGUGGAGCCCCGUGACUUGUGCCACCUGAUCAGAGAGCGCCAAUCACGUGCCAGUUAG